AUGCCAGAAACACAAAGGCCACCACUAACCCCCGAAGCAAAACGACGAAUAGAAACCAACCGCCUUAAAGCCAAAGCCAUCCGGGAAGCCCGCCUCGCCGCUGAAAAAGCCGCCGCGGAAAAAGCACCACCGCCCCCUACAAUACCCCGUAGUACUCGAAGCACUACAGCCCAAAAGCGCUCCUACGCUGAGAGCUCUAAUGUCCGCGACACCGCCACAGGCGCCACAACAACAGGCCCUGACGCCAUCAAGCCUGCCCGCAAAUUUGCCCGCCGAGACUACAUCGACUAUGACUUCUCGCGCAUGACAGACACAAAGGGUGGCUUCCUCAGCACCGAGGACGACCCACACUCGGCCCUCGCCGCCCUCGACCUCCAGAACAAGCCCGCACAUAUGACGCUCGAGCAGUGGUCCGCGCACCAGCUGCGUGCCAAACUGCAGAAAGAGAAGGCGGGCGCAUAUGAGCCCGCCAUUAGCUCGCUGCAGAACAGCGAGGAGGUACAGAAGUGCUAUGAGUGCGAGAGUCCGGAGAUUGAUUGGAAGUGGCUGGAGGUUUUUGGCUGUCGUGUGUGCUCGAAGUGUAAAGACGCUAAGCCGGAGAAGUAUAGUCUGCUGACAAAGACGGAGGCGAGGGAGGACUAUCUUCUUACGGAUCCAGAGCUACGAGAUGAAGAGUUGCUACCGCAUUUGGAGAGACCGAAUCCGCAUAGGAGUACGUGGAAUAACAUGAUGCUAUAUUUACGGUAUCAGGUUGAGGCGCAUGCGAUCAAGAAGUGGGGUGGGCUGGAGGCCCUGGAUAAAGAGUUUGAGAAGAGGACUGAGGAGAGGAAGAAGAGGAAGGAUGAUAAGUUUAGGGGUAAGCUUAGAGAGCUGAAAAAGAAGACUAGAGUCGAAAGCUGGCGCAAGAAUGCGGGGUCGAAGCAUGAGCACGUGUGGGGUACUGCGGUGACGAAACCCAGUGGUGAGGAAAUACGCACAUGUGAAGAGUGCGGGUUCGAAGUGGAGGAGUUGGUCUUUUAG